AUGGCCGACAAGCCGGGAGGUGAACCAGCAAGUCGUCCUGGUCCGUUGGAUUCUUCGUCGCGCUUUACCUCGAGCAUGUCGGAAGAAGAUAGCAUGUCCUCGGGGACGGUGCGUCAUUCCCGAACAACCACGCAAAGUAGAAACUACGGCACCUUGGAUCCAUCUGGGAGGUCCGCCAUUGAAUCCCAAUUCGCCGAACACCAGCCCGAGAGCUCAAGUCGUGUCCUCCUCCCAGCUUCCCCGUCCAUCGGACCCUUGCAAACUGACCCGGAUCGACUGCGAAAACCGCCCGUGACGCGCCGCAUGUCAUCAAAACGCCACAUCCCACACAAAGGACAAGAAUUCUCUACCGACGAUGACGUUCAAGAGGUGGAGGAGGAUAUCGCUCUGAAACAGUCUGUCAAUACCCCCAAGUCGCCCAGAAUAUGGCCACUACGAAAAGAGAGCUCGACCCUGAGGCGGAGAUUGAAUCCCCGGGUCAAUCCAUUGGCUUCUUCUGGGAACGACGAUGGCGGCGACGAUGAUGACGAGGUCGCCGACCUCCCAGAACCGAGCUUGUCAUCUUCCCGAGAUCCUGAGCCGCAAACGAGGCUAGAUUCCGACGACGAUGACGGCGGGGCUGAUGAAGAAGAGAAUCAAGAUGAGGUGGACGAUGCGGCUAGUGAUGCAGAAAGCUUCACACUCAAGGAUCGUCAGCAAGCUAUCAAUGAAACUCACCCGUUUGGAAUCAGGAUAUGGAAACCAGCGCUGUACAAGAAGAGCCGUUCGGUGGAGAAGACUGCCGAGGGCGACAUCCAUUCCUCGCCUGGAGGCAGGGUCGGUAAUCUCCUAUUCUUGAUGAACCUUUUGUGGACACUGUUUUUCGGCUGGUGGCUGGCUAUCGCUGCGUUAAUGGGCGCUAUUGCCUGCUUCAUUUUCUCGUUCUCACCCAGUGCGGUGGAGUACGGCAAGGCCUUUUCUGGCCUUUCGUGGUAUCUUCUAUACCCCUUUGGAUCAUUUGUCCGUCUCGACACCGAUGAAAACUAUGCAGAAGAGGACGAAGGAGAGGGCCGGAGUAUCAGCGAGUACGAACAGUGGCAAAACGGUGAUCUUGAGCAUGGCGGGCUAUUUUUUGGUCCCCGUCGGAACCGGUCACUUGUGGGAAGAAGGAGAAACAGUGUCGACUCGGCCGGAGAGCAGGACAGCCUCUUGGGACGAGCACCUAGAGGAAGGUCUGAAGAUAGCUCUCUGCGGCCCAAGCGACGCUUGUUCGGCCGUGGCGAGUGGACGCUUGGUCGCGUGGUAUUUUUCGUCUUCUUUUACUUUCUUGUAGGGCCACUCAUGCUCUUUGUCUCACUCAUUUGUUGGCUCCUCGUCUUCUGGAUACCCAUGGGACGCGUGACUCUUAUUCUUUUCGACCAUCUCCGCAGACAUCCUCUGUCUCUGUCUUAUCAUUCAGACACAACAUUUACUCGCAUCAGCCCUGGGUCUCCUGCAUCUAUCCUCCUGUGCACCUAUCGUGCAGCCGGCCUUCGGUACUGGAAGUACACAGUCGGCGGAACAAACAUCUUUCUUAUUAACCUCUUAGCGGUCGUCAUAUUUGUCGUUUUUGACUAUUUUCUUCUGAGGGAGACUCUUGGUCUGGAGAUUUGGAUCACUAAUCCGGGGCUGCUAUUCACGCUGGCUCUAUUCUCCGUCAUACCCUUGGCCCAUUUCAUAGGGCAAGCUGUUGCCUCUAUAUCCGCCCAGUCCUCGAUGGGCAUGGGUGCAGCCGUGAAUGCGUUUUUCUCAACUGUCGUGGAAGUCUACCUCUACUGUGUUGCCUUGACUGAAGGCAAAGGCAGACUUGUCGAGGGGAGCAUAAUCGGCAGCAUCUUUGCCGGUAUUCUCUUUUUACCAGGGCUGUCCAUGUGCUUUGGUGCCAUCAAGCGCAAAACUCAGCGAUUCAACGUCAAAUCCGCAGGUGUUACCUCGACCAUGUUGUUGUUUGCGGUGAUUGCAGCCUUUGGGCCUACCUUGUUUUACCAGGUAUAUGGUAGUCAUGAACUCAAUUGCCACUCCUGCGAUAGCAAUGUAGAGCCAGGUAGCAGUGAUUGCCGCCGUUGCUAUUUUUCUCAAGUACCAGCUAUUAAUGACAAGUUCUUUCAAAAGGCUGUUCAGCCCUAUUCCUGGAUAGCAGCCAUGUUUCUAUUCUUGUCCUAUAUCAUCGGGCUAUGGUUUACCCUGCGAACACAUGCUGCUCUCAUUUGGGCUACCGAAACUGAUGAGAAGAAAGCUGUUGCUCUCACACACGAGCAGCAAAGCACUGAUGAUCCACGACACCAGUUCUUCCAGAGCUCAGCUCUGGGAGCUUCUACCUCUGGACCACGAAACUCUAUUCGCGACUCCCAUCUGUAUAAACGGAUACUCGGACAAUCCCUAAGAGAUGUUGGCUUGUCAUCCCGCGAUGAAAUAGAGCCCUCUGGCCCAUCGCGGGACAACAAGCCAACGCCGUAUCUUGUGCCUCCACGAAAGGACGGUGACGGCGGUCCUUCUUCCGACUUUGCCGAGUACACCGGCUUCUCUGAACAGCAGAAUGAGCAAUUUGUCCGCAAGGUAACCGAGGUCGCGGCCACUGCUGCCGCCGUUGCUGCUCGGGAUGCUGCUCGAACCAGGAAACUGUCCGGCCCGCGCGGACUGCUACCGCGACAGGGGGGCAAGGCCACGCCUUCAAAUUCCCAGGUCAAAACAAUCCUAGAAGACCAAGACGACAUUGGACUUGAACAGAGCCCUACCAGUGGCGGGCAUGAUGCCCCCAACUGGAGCAGAACGAGGAGCUCAAUCAUUCUUCUUGUUGCCACAGUUCUUUACGCGGUGAUUGCUGAGAUCCUGGUCAACACUGUUGAUGUGGUCCUGGAAAGUGUCGAUGUCGAUGAAAAGUUUUUGGGAAUCACUCUGUUCGCACUGGUUCCCAACACUACCGAAUUCCUGAACGCCAUCUCUUUUGCCAUGAACGGUAACAUUGCUCUUUCCAUGGAGAUUGGGUCAGCGUACGCCCUGCAAGUUUGUCUUCUUCAGAUACCUGCUCUCGUUUUGUUCAGCGCCUUUUAUGGGCGUGUUCUCGAUUCAGAUGAUCUUAUCACCCAUUCCUUUCACCUCAUCUUUGCCCAGUGGGACAUGAUAACAGUCAUCCUAUGUGUCUUCCUCCUCUCCUACGUCUACGGCGAAGGCAAGAGCAACUAUUUCAAGGGAUCUGUCCUUGUCCUCACCUAUCUUGUCGUCGUAAUCGGAUUCUACCUAUCCGGUUACAGCAACAUGGACACAAUGGGCAUCGACCGCUUCGACACUCUCGCUCUUGGGUUGGAGAGAUCAGAAAAGUUUUACACAAUUGGGAGAUCGAAGCGCGGGGUCGCAUAUUGA